AAAUUUUGAAAGGACGAACAAAAUCAAUUGAUACCUAGAUUAUGAUGGAUUAACAUGCAUUAUAGAAUUAUAUAUAUAUAUAUAUAUGUAAUCACGAACUGAUUUUGGUGCCCAUCAAGAAGGUAACACGAACAACUUUGGGCAAGUCUGGAUUGGCCCAAGACAUUUCUUGAUGGUCCAUUUGACUUCAAAAAAAUUUGAUACCGCCGAGAGAAUUAAAAAGAACUCUUAAACCCAUCGAGGAAUUUUCAGACAUGACAGCAAAAUUGAAUCAGAAUUAUGACCGUUUGCAAACUUACCCUCCAAAACUCAAAGUUUGUCUCUCUGCUUCCUUACCAACACAGAACAACAAAGCUCUCACUCUUUCAGCUCACUGUCCCUUCCUUCUCUUCCUUGCCAACAACGAUAAUCGAAGACGGAAAUCUAUUUCAGAAGACCCAGCAAAGGGUUAUGUCCCUUUUCAAGCGCUGUUCCACCAUGAAAGAUUUAAAGCAAAUUCAUGCACAUGUUAUCCAAACUGGGUUUCAUCAGAACCUUUUUGUUAUGGGCAAGAUAAUCACUUUUUGCUCGGUGUCUGAUCGUGGAGAUAUGGAUUAUGCUGUCCGGGUUUUCGAGAGAAUUGAUAACCCAGAUGGGUUUCUUUGGAAUACCAUGAUUAGGGGAUUUGGGAAGACUAGUUUGCCUGAAAGGGCAUUUGAAUUCUAUAAAAGAAUGUUAGAGAUAGGAGAGGUGGCAGACAAUUUCACUUUCUCUUUUUUGCUCAAGGUUUGUGGGCAGUUGGGAUCAGAUUUGGUGGGCAAGCAGAUUCAUUGUUCAAUUCUGAAACAUGGGUUGGAGUCUCAUGUCUUUGUGAGGAACACUCUUAUUCAUAUGCAUGGAAUGUUCAAGGACAUAGAAACCGCCUGCCACUUGUUUGAAGAAAUACCUAGUCCAGAUUUAGUAGCUUGGAAUACAAUUAUUGAUUGUCAUGUCUGUUGUGGAAAGUGCUCGGAAGCUCUUGAUCUAUUCUUGAGAAUGCUGCGGACUGGCAUCCAACUUGAUGAGGCCACAAUUGUUGUGACCCUCUCAGCGUGUUCCAUUAUGGGUGCUUUGGAUUUUGGUAGGUGGGUUCAUUCUUGUAUUGAUAGUACUGAUCUUGGAAACAUUUUAUCGGUGUCUAAUGCUCUCAUCGACAUGUAUUCAAAGUGUGGAGCCGUGGAGGAAGCACACCAGAAAUUCUGUAAGAUGAAAGAGAAGAGCAUAGUAUCGUGGAACACGAUGAUCAUGGGACUUGCAACUCAUGGUCAUGCAGAAGAGGCAUUGGAAUUGUUUACAAAAAUGUUGAAUGAAGCACAUGAGAAACCAGAUGAUGUUACUUUCUUGGGAGUUUUGUGUGCUUGUAGCCAUGGAGGGAUGGUUGGUGAAGGAAGAAGAUACUUUAAUAUUAUGAAAGAUUACCAUAUUCAACCGACCAUGAAACACUAUGGAUGCAUGGUCGAUAUCUUGGCACGAGCUGGAUUGGUGGACGAGGCUUACCUGUUGAUAAGGAGUAUGCCAAUGGAGUGUAAUGCCAUUGUGUGGAGGACAUUAUUGGCUGCAUGCCGAUUGCAUGGAAACAUCGAACUUGGAGAGAAGGUGAGGAAGCAUCUUUUGGAGUUGGAACCGGACCACAGCAGUGACUAUGUUCUUUUGGCAAACAUGUAUGCAAGUAUGGGUCAGUGGAAUGAUAUGUUGAGAGAGAGAAAAUCAAUGCAGCAUAGGCGAGUUCAGAAACCAGAGCCUGGUAAUAGCUUCAUCGGAGUUCAUUCUCACUCGAGGUUGAGAAUGGAAUCAGCUAAAGUUAGUCCUCAGUCGAUGGAUAGUAUAAGCAAAAACAGCAUGACUUCAUUUGUUCCAGGCUGUUCUUGAUUAUGUUGUGUUCAUUUUGACAGAUGAAUUGACUGUUUUGAAACUUGCAAGUUGCAUAUA